AUUGGAAUACCCGGAUGACGAGCGCUUUCAAAGCUAGUACGAGGAUUUGGUACAGUAUCAGGUAACCUUUUUCCCUUUACCAUGGGGGAACCCCAGCAAGUGAGUGCCCUUCCUUUGCCCCCAAUGCAGUAUAUUAAAGAGUACACAGAUGAAAAUAUGCGCAAGGGCUUAGUCCUAAAACCUCCACCUCCCAUAAAGGACAGUUACAUGAUGUUUGGCAACCAGUUUCAAUGUGAUGAUCUCAUUAUCCGUCCUCUUGAGAGUCAGGGUAUUGAGCGUCUUCAUCCUGAUCAAUUUGACCACAAGAAGGAGUUGAGGAAAUUGAACAUGUCAAUUUUGGUUAACUUUCUGGACCUGUUAGACAUUUUGAUCAGAAGUCCAGGAAGCAUCAGACGGGAAGAGAAAUUGGAAGACCUUAAAUUGUUGUUUGUUCAUAUGCAUCACCUUAUCAAUGAGUAUCGGCCACACCAGGCUCGUGAAACAUUACGAGUUAUGAUGGAAGUGCAGAAACGACAGCGACUUGAGACUGCAGAGAGGUUCCAGAAACACUUGGAGAGAGUGGUAGAACUGAUACAGAACUGCUUAGCCUCACUCCCUGAUGAUCUUCCUCUGCCGGAUGGGGCAGUCAAUGUAAAAACUGAACCCAUGGAUGUGAAGGAGGGCUGUAUAGACCAGACUGAUGGGCCUUUGGAGGCAGCAGUGAGUGGUGAAGAGGUCACAAUCGACAAAGAUGCAGCUAUGUGUGGUAUUAUUGAUGAAAUGACCUAAAAACAUUAAUCUGAACUUGGCUCUAUCUUUUUGAAACACUUCUGUGUGUUCAGCACUGUAUUGAAAGAAUGGGAAGUUACUGUGUGGCAAUUAAAUUAAUUUUUGACAAUUAUUGCUGUGCGAAGUGAUGCUGUGUAUAGAAUACUCAGUAAUGCAUUUUCUAAUUUAUGUACCCCACUUUACAGUAGUAUGACAGUCCUUGGCCGUCCUAUAUAUGUGGCACAAUCUAACUUGGAUCAUAAAGGAAUAACACUGUUAAAUAAUAUCAAACUGGGACAUUGAAUUGAUACAAUUAUGCUGUAAAAAGUAUUGCUGUACAGUUUGUCCAGUACUAUUAUUAUUAUUAUUAUUAUUUUUUUUUUUUAAACAAUCUUCCUGGGUAGAAUUUGAAGAACUGUUUAUAAGUAUAUCCAGUUCUAAGGGUUAUAGUUGUUAUACAGUUGUUUUGUAUUUUUUAUAUGUACUGUAAUUAAACCUAUGCGCCUGACGUAGUAGUCUGUUUAAAACAUCUUGUUUUGCUAAUUAAGCCCAUGAUCACAUUUUAGUAUCUGUAAAAAGAAAAAAAAGGUAAAUGGGUCCAUACCAAUAAAAAUUCAUGUUAGGCAGAAUCUUUGUAUAGUUAUUUCUGUAUAAUAUAGAGUGCUGAACAGGAAUUUUAUUUUAAACUCUUUUUUUUUCGUCAUAACAGUAUAGAGUUAGAUUGAUGGUUUACACUUGAGACUGUUUCUAAUCAGAAGAUCUUUUUUUAAUGAUAUACUGUAAAUAAACCAAAACUUUCCAGGA